AUGGUAAAAUACUGGAGAACGCACGGCCUUAAGAUUGUUAUGUUUCUAGAUGACGGCUGGGGCUGUAAUAAAAAUUUAGAACUAACAAUAGUAGAUUCCAAUUUUGUGAAAGUAAGUCUUGAACAGGCAGGUUUUGUUAUCAAUAAAGAAAUAUCUGUAUGGUAUCCAGUGCAAGAAUUAGAAUGGAUAGGCAUUCUAUGGAACAGCAAGCGUUUUUGCAUAUCCAUACCAGAUAGAAGAGUCUCAGAUUUAAAGAAAUGUCUUAAAUCACUGUUGAAUGGUCUCCCUUUUGUUACAGCUAGGAACCUUGCCAAGGUCACUGGUAAAAUCAUUUCAAUGAUGGCCGUUAUAGGUAACCUAUCUAGACUCAUGACCAGAUUUUUGUAUAAAGAAAUAGAGACCAGACAUUCUUGGGAUUUUCAUUACAAAUUGUCUCAUAGACAUCCGUGCAUUUCAGAAUUGUCUUUUUGGUUAGAAAAUGUGGAUAAGUUGAAUGUCAAAAACCUAUCUGUAUAUGAGCCAGUACAGACAACUGUAUUUUCUGACGCCAGUCACACAUCGUGCGGUUCUUACAUAGUUGAUUGUGCAAACACAGUUUUCCGUAGUAUGUGGUCUUGCGAAGAGCAGGAAAAAAGUUCUACUUUCAGGGAAUUAAGGGCUGUGUUCCUCGCUUUAAGAGCUUAUGGCAGUACUCUGAAAAAUCUUUCCGUGAAAUGGUUUUCUGAUUCACAAUCAUGUGUUAAAAUAGUACAGGCAGGCAGUACCAAGUUAGAGUUACAACACGACUCUCUCGAAAUUUUUAAUUUAUGCUUAAAGUGGAACAUAGAUUUAAACAUUCAGUGGGUUCCCCGUACACAGAACCAGAUAGCAGAUCAUAUUAGUAAAAUUCAUAGCACAGAUGAAUGGGAAGUUUCAACAGAGUUUUUUAAGUUUAUGGAUCAGAUGUGGGGACCUCAUGACAUAGAUAGAUCCGCCAGUUUCAAAAACAGAAAGUUAAAAAGGUUCAACUCAUUAUUUUUUGAUUUCGAGUCAGAAGCGGUGGACGCUUUCACGCAGUCUUGGUCCGGUUGUAACAACUGGCUGGUUCCUCCUAUUUACCUUGUAAACAAAACCAUUUUUCACCUGCUAGCAUGUAAGGGGAAGGGUACACUUGUUGUUCCUUGA